GCCGGGUUGCUAAGGAAGUGAGCGGCCGCAGUCUCUCCCCAUCCGGGGCAGCGGGGAAUGGCUGAGCCCGGGACUCGCCGCCGCCCCCGCCGCCGCCGCCGCCGCCCGCCGCCGGGUCCGGCCGCAGGACCGUAGCAUCCAGGCGCACUGUGGACUCGGGACCCUGCAGACUGAUCCAGUUGGGAAUUCAUCAUGUCAAAAUUAAAGAGCUCAGAGUCGGUCAGGGUAGUGGUGCGCUGUCGGCCCAUGAACGGCAAAGAAAAAGCUGCUUCCUACGACAAAGUGGUGGAUGUGGACGUGAAGCUGGGGCAAGUGUCUGUGAAGAACCCCCGGGGAGUGGCUCAUGAAAUGCCCAAGACCUUCACUUUUGACGCAGUCUAUGAUUGGAAUGCCAAGCAGUUUGAACUCUACGAUGAGACAUUCCGGCCACUCGUGGACUCUGUCCUACAAGGUUUCAAUGGGACGAUUUUCGCCUAUGGACAAACUGGGACGGGGAAGACCUACACCAUGGAAGGAGUCCGGGGCGACCCUGAGAAGAGGGGAGUGAUCCCCAACUCAUUUGACCACAUCUUCACUCACAUCUCGCGCUCCCAGAAUCAGCAGUACCUGGUUCGGGCUUCCUACUUAGAGAUCUACCAGGAGGAGAUCCGUGACCUGCUCUCCAAGGACCAGACCAAACGGCUCGAGCUCAAAGAGAGGCCCGACACCGGCGUCUAUGUCAAAGACCUGUCUUCCUUUGUCACCAAGAGUGUGAAGGAGAUCGAGCACGUGAUGAAUGUGGGGAACCAGAACCGCUCCGUUGGUGCCACCAACAUGAAUGAGCACAGCUCACGGUCUCACGCCAUUUUUGUCAUCACCAUCGAGUGCAGUGAGGUCGGUCUCGACGGUGAAAAUCACAUCCGCGUAGGGAAAUUGAACCUCGUAGAUCUUGCUGGCAGCGAACGGCAAGCCAAGACAGGCGCACAAGGGGAGAGAUUAAAGGAAGCCACCAAGAUCAAUCUGUCCCUUUCGGCUUUGGGCAACGUCAUCUCGGCCCUGGUGGAUGGCAAGAGCACUCACAUCCCCUACCGGGACUCAAAGCUCACCCGGCUCCUCCAGGAUUCUCUCGGGGGCAAUGCCAAAACUGUGAUGGUGGCCAAUGUGGGGCCUGCCUCUUACAACGUCGAGGAGACUCUGACCACUUUGAGAUACGCCAACCGUGCCAAAAACAUUAAGAACAAGCCCCGGGUCAACGAGGACCCGAAGGACGCCCUCCUGCGGGAAUUCCAGGAAGAGAUUGCUCGGCUCAAGGCCCAGCUGGAAAAACGGUCCAUUGGCAGGAGGAAGAAACGAGAGAGGCGGAGGGAUGGCGGUGGCAGUGGUGGGGGCGGGGAGGAGGAGGAGGAGGAGGGUGAAGAGGGCGAGGAGGACGGGGAUGAUAAGGAUGAUUACUGGCGGGAACAGCAGGAAAAACUGGAGAUUGAGAAGCGGGCCAUUGUGGAGGACCACAAGUUGGCUGCAGAAGAGAAGAUGCGGUUGCUGAAGGAGAAGGAGAAGAAGAUGGAGGACCUGCGGCGGGAGAAGGAUGCCGCUGAGAUGCUCGGCGCCAAGAUCAAGGCUAUGGAAAGUAAGCUGCUUGUUGGAGGAAAAAAUAUAGUAGAUCAUACAAACGAGCAGCAGAAAAUCCUGGAACAGAAACGGCAAGAGAUUGCGGAGCAGAAACGUCGAGAAAGAGAAAUCCAGCAACAAAUGGAAAGUCGAGAUGAGGAAACCUUGGAACUUAAAGAGACGUACAGCUCAUUGCAGCAAGAGGUGGACAUCAAGACCAAAAAGCUCAAAAAGCUCUUCUCCAAGCUUCAGGCUGUCAAGGCAGAGAUCCAUGACCUCCAAGAAGAGCACAUCAAGGAGCGGCAGGAGCUUGAGCAGACACAGAAUGAGCUCACUAGGGAGUUGAAACUCAAGCAUCUUAUUAUAGAAAACUUUAUUCCUCUUGAAGAAAAAAGUAAAAUUAUGAAUCGAUCCUUUUUUGAUGAAGAGGAAGAUCAUUGGAAGUUACAUCCUAUCACCAGACUGGAGAACCAGCAGAUGAUGAAGCGGCCGGUCUCGGCAGUGGGAUACAAGCGGCCGCUGAGCCAGCAUGCCAGGAUGUCCAUGAUGAUCCGCCCGGAAGCUCGCUACAGGGCAGAAAACAUCGUGUUGUUAGAGUUGGACAUGCCCAGCCGGACCACCAGAGAUUAUGAGGGCCCUGCCAUUGCCCCCAAAGUCCAGGCGGCUUUAGAUGCAGCCCUGCAAGAUGAAGAUGAGAUACAAGUGGACGCCUCAUCCUUUGAAAGCACCGCAAAUAAGAAACCGAAGGCCAGGCCUAAGAGUGGAAGGAAGUCGGGAUCCUCCUCUUCCUCAGGAACCCCUGCAUCUCAGCUUUAUCCACAGUCUCGGGGGCUGGUUCCAAAGUAAAGCCAGCUCCUCCUCUCCCAGGGUGUAAACAGC